CGCGGGUGACUGAGCAUCUCACCCUAUCUCUAAGGGAGCGCCCAGCCACCCUACGGAGGAAGCUCAUUUCAACCGCCUGUAUCCAGGACCUCGUUCUAUGGCUCAUGACCCAGAGCUCAUGACCAUAGAUUUAAAAAGGAAUUGUGGGUAAUAUUCUCUUAAUCCCGCCUCGAUGAGAAACAACAAUUCCGGUUUCCACCUGCGGGGGGCGGUAAUGGACUGAAUCCGUUAGAGGGAGACGAAGAAGAAGAAGAAGCAGCUUUGAGUUAGUCGAGCUGGAAGUUCAAAGAUCAGCUGAGCUGCAGCUUCAUUCUGUGAGACCUUCUGACCGACCCGCGUCCGUCAUGUCUCAGGCCGUCCCGCCUCUUCUCUCGGUUCGCCCGUCCCGGGCUCUGGUGGAUGAGAAGUUCAGCGUUCUGGUGGAGAACCUGCCUCCAGGAUGUCCGGUCACCAUCCGCUCCCUCUAUCAGAGCGAGGAUAAGGACUUCUGGGAGGCCUAUGGGCACUACGUCAGCAACCACAAGGGGACGGUUUCUGUUUCAGAGGACAUCAGCCUUGGAGGCACGUACACAGGAAAAGAGGCCAUGGGUUUGUUGUGGAGCAUGCGACCAAUCCCCGGCAGCCGCAAAGGUCUCAGGCUGAGGAAGAAGGACACCUGUGCCCCGAUGCUGGUGACCAUCUCAGUCUACAGUGGACAUGGGGACGUCAGGGAUCAGGCCCCGCUGGCGUCAGCGCUCGUGGAGAGGUGGCACGUGGCUCCAGGCGUCCAGAGGAUCGAAAUCACGGAGAAGGGAGUUCGAGGAACCCUGUUUCUACCUCCAGGUCCGGGACCGUUCCCUGCCAUGCUGGACCUGUGGGGGGGCGGAGGGGGGCUGCAGGAGUACCGCGCCGCCCUGCUGGCGUGUCGAGGUUUCGCUUCUUUGGCUCUGGAGUAUUUAAAGUCCAAUGAUACAAAGCCCAAAGGUCUGGACAUGAAGUACUUUGAGACGGCCUUUGAAAUCAUCAGGAGCCAUCCUCAGGUCAUCCCAGACAGAGUCGGAAUCAUCGGCCUCUGUUUCGGCACGCUCAUGACCUUAAGCCUGGCAGCAGAAUGCCCAACGAUCAAGCCUCGCUGCAUUGUUUGCAUCAGCAACAUUCACAGUAAAUCCAACGAAAACACCAUUCAAGAGUUCCCUCAAGAAAUACCCGAGAAGUAUAACAAAAUCCACAUGAUGGAGGACGUCGUAGUCUGGAGAGACAUGGGACUGGCUGUUCUGGAAGUUGGGCAUCCUAAAGUCAAAGUGGGGAACAUUGACUGUCCAAUGUUGUUGAUCAACGGCACAGACGAUCAGAACUGGCCGACGGUGGAGGUUGCCUCUGACAUAAUCAAGACGAUGCGUGAAGCCGGGAAGGAAUCUCUGGUGACCCGGCUGGAUUACCCGGAUGCAGGACACCUGAUCGAGCCGCCGUUCUCGCCUCACUUCAGAGCCGCCAACUUCAUGCUUCAUGGCACCAAGAAAAAAGUGAUGAUGCUGUGGGGAGGAAAAACCAAACCUCACGCUGAUGCUCAGGAGGACUCCUGGAAGAAGAUCCUCAGUUUUCUGCAGCUCCAUCUUUACGGCGCUCCCAGCCUCAAAGCAAAUUUAUAAAUGAAGAAGAAGAAACAUGUUUACACUGACAGUUUGGAUGUUUCCAUGUUUGUUUUGUAUGGGUCUUAUCUGAGAUAUAAACAUAAACCGAAGUUCAAGC